AUGUUCGAUUGUCCAAUAUGUUUGAUCUCUUAUGAUAAUAAUCAAGCCUUUACAUUCCCUUCAUGUUUUCAUACAUUUUGUAUAAAUUGUCUAAAAUCCACCUUUGAAACUAGAAUCAAGGAACAAAAUGUAAAUUUGGAUAGCUUUAAAUGCCCUGGGUGUGAAAUUCCAUUCGAUCAAUCCUUAAUCUAGAAUUUUGUAUCUCAGGAAAUUUUCAAGAAAUACUGUGAACUAAGUAUAGAAAUGAAUCAAGUCUUUGGAUUGGAAGAUAAUGAGAUAAUGGCCAAUUGUUUAAAUGAGGUUUGUAGAGAAAAAUAUAUAAUCUGGAAGAAUGCAGGUUUCAUAGAAUUAUCUUAAUUUAGAAUACUAAAAAUGUUUAAAAUGCAAAAUGGAAUAUUGUCGUUUAUGUUUUUUACCCUAUCAUAAAGACACUUGUACUUGUGAAGAACAAAAGCUACUUUAUUAAGACAAAGUUUAUAAGGACUUAAAAGUACUCCUCAAAGCAAGUAGAUGUCCUAAAUGUAGGAUUAUGGUGGAAAAGGUCUCAGGCUGUAAUUUUAUGACCUGUAAAUGUGGCACAUAUUUUUGCAAUCUAUGUGAUGUUUAGCUUGAAAGCAAGGUAGAAUUUAAGAUAGAUUUAAUAAGGAUCACUAUGCUCACUUUGAGAACAACAGUCCUUCUCAAGAUAAGUGCAAAAUAAAAGUGAAUGGCCAAUGGGUAUCACGACCUGCAGUGGAAGAUGUUAAGAAACCUUAAAUAAAAUAAGGAAUCAAAGAACCUGAAAAUGUGAUUAAUUCUAUUCCUUGUCCUAAUUGCAAUUCAACAAAUCCAAAUAUCACCAAGCUUCAACUCUAUGAUAGGGUUGCACAUUGCUGCAGUGUCAAAUGCUAAAAUAGAGCCUAUUGCAUACAUUGUAAAAAGAUGCUUCCCAAUUAAGAUAUAUUAAAUCAUUUUACAAAUACAUUGGAAUGUAGGUUCAUAUGAAAUUUUUAUUGAUAAGUUUGAGAAUUUAGUAUAAUAUAAAUAUAAUGUUUAAUAUUGUAGGGGAACUUUGGAAAGCUUAAUAGUAUGCUAAAAACGAAUGCUGUUUUGAAGUUCCUUAAACAUUCUACUUACAAGGUAGCAAAAUAUCCCACUAUUUUACCAGUUCAUAAUGUUCUGGUAAAAUCUUGAAGAAAAGGAAAGAGAAUGUAACUUUAAAAAGCAUAUUGGACACCUUCAACUCUAAGGAGAAGUACGUGUGUUCAUUUUAGAGAUUAUUGAACAAAAAAGAUGUUCAAUUUAAAUACUUAACUCGUAUUGAACUUGAGGCACUCAUAUCCGACAUUACUAAUUUCUCAGAACUAUAUCAAGAUGUCAUCAUCUAAUAAACAUUCCAGAAUGAAAACAUAAUCGCUUAUUCUAGACACGGACACAUAACACAAAUUUAACAAAGGAUCCCUCUCUAGUCAGAACCAUUGAUUACUUUAAAAGAUAGUUAAUUUGCUUGUGAAAAAGUAAUAUUUGAAGCCAGAGUUAACAAAGUCGGAUUAGCAAUUGAACAAUUAAUAAGUUUGAUUGAAGGUUCAAAAGUUAAUGAAAUUGAGUUAUACAUGAAAUAUGUUGGAGAGAAAUUGAUUAUUAUGUGGAACACUAAUCUUAAAUGUAGGACUAACAGAAGAGCUCUAAACUUCAUAAAUUCAUAGAAUUAUCUACAUAAUUAAGAAUACUUCGAAUAGUUCCAGCCAAAAAAAUAGGUUACAGAUGAAAUCACCAUGAUUUAAUGUUGCAGUUGCAGAAAACUAACUAAAAUAAAUGAUACAUUUGAAGUGUUGAAGAAUAGAAUAUGGAAGAUUAGAAUGCAUAGAAAUCUCCAUCAUUUGAAUGAUUAGAAAUUAUAUCUAGAUGUAACUGGGAGAAUUGUGCCAAAAUUUGAUGAGUUUUAAUUUGUGAGAGUGUGUGGAAUAUGUUAUAAUAGUUUUAUUGAAACUAUAUCCAACAAUAACACUAGGACUGAGAACACACUGAGGAAAUUGCCAUAAAAAUAAUAAGAUCUAUAAUAAUUGAUGAUACAGAAUGGUCCUAGAAGAAAACUAUUUAAAUUCAAUGAUAAUUAAACAUAUUUAGGUAGUCGAUCAAAUAGUACCCAGAUUAAGGAGAAGAGAACUACACCUUAAAUAAUGAAUUCCACAUUUGAUGAGAAUUAUGAGAGUAUCUAGAAUUAAAGAAUGGAGAUAGAUGAAGAUUUUGAUUAAUUAUUGAAUGAAGUUAAAAAUGAAGUUAGAAGUUCUUAUUAAUCAAACAAAGUGGUGAUUAAUAAAACUAGAAUACAGAGUGCUUAAAAUAAUCAGAAAUUUAAAUUAUAUUACUAAUGA